CAGUCACCUCUGAGGGAGAAAGCCCGGAGCUGCACAUCAGCGCCGACUGCUUCCAGACAGAAAGCAAGUGUGCAGCUCGCCUGCAGUAAAGAACCCAUUCAGGAUGUACCAGGGGCACAUGCAGGGCAAGCAGCCUGGGAAUAUGGUGUGUGGGUUGUUGAUUUGUCUGGAACAGUCCAGGGGGAAAGGCGCUAGGGCUGCAGAUAAGGGUGUUACCAUGGUGAUGAAGGAGAUACCGAGGGAGGAGUCUGGAGAAGGAAAACCCCUCCUCACUGUGACAUCACAGCUGGUGAAUGAACAACAGGAGAGCCGACCCCUCCUGAGUCCCUCGAUUGAUGAUUUUCUACUUGAAGCAAAAGCUGACAGAGUUUCAUGUACACCGACAUCAAACACAGCAGUUUUGUCACCAACUUUGGAUCUCUUGGACCUAACGGAGCCAGCUAUGACGAGCAGUAAUAAGACAAAGAAAUCUGAUGUUGCAUCAAGAAAUGAAGCAGCUAAACCUUCCUCCUUUAGAAAAGAGCAAGAUGACACCGACCUAAUCAAAGUUGAAAUUGAACAAAAUAUUCAGAACGUCAAAGACCCACAUAGACCAUCCCUGGAUGCUGUCAGUAUACCUCCACAUUUAGAGAAAUGGGAAGAAGUGAAUCUGCAUUGCGCUAAAACCCCUGAAGAUCAAUGGGUCCCAGAAAGGAGACGUUCCAACAGGGCUGCCUCACAGGAGUUCUUAUGGGCUACAGAAAAUAGGAUCCCAUCUGAACUGGGGUCUACUAAAAAUGCUUUGGAACUACAUUCGGCAUCAACAGAACUGGAACCAAUGCCAAAUUCACAGACUCGGAUGACCAAGGAACAGCGCUGGGGAAGUAUGUUACUGACCCGGAACCACUCAACAGAGGAGGAGUUUGAAAGAGCAAAGGCAGCAGUUGAGUCUGACACAGAAUUCUGGGAUAAAAUGCAAGAUGAAUGGGAGGAAAUGGCACGUAGGAAUUGGAUUGCAGGAAGUGAACAGCCACCAACAAAUACAACUGUCUCCCCACAUGAGAAGGGCUAUUACUUUCACACCGACAAUCCCUUCAAAGACUGGCCCAAUGCAUUUGAAGAAGCAAUAAAAAAGCAGAAAGAAGGAGAUUUGCCCAAUGCUGUCUUACUGUUGGAAUCAGCAAUUUUGCAGGACCCUUAUGAUGCAGAGGCAUGGCAGUACUUGGGUACCACACAAGCAGAUAAUGAAAAUGAACAGGCUGCAAUUGUCGCUCUCCAGAGAUGUCUGGAACUGCAGUCUUGCAACUUGGCUGCUCUUAUGGCAUUGGCGGUAAGCCUCACCAACACAGGUCUACAACAAGAGGCCAGUGAAGCCCUAAAAAACUGGAUUAGACAUAACCCCAAAUACAAGUACCUAAUAAGAGGAAAAACUGGGUCUCCAGCUCUUGGAAGAAAGGAAUGUAAAGAAACGAAUGGCAGUUUAUUCCUUGCAGAAGUGAAGGAUUUGUUUUUGAAAGCAGCCCAUCAGAAUUCUGAUGCAAUAGAUCCAGACCUGCAGACUGGACUAGGUGUACUUUUUAACCUCAGUGGAGAAUAUGAUAAAGCCGUUGAAGCAUUCAAUGCUGCCCUGACAAUUAGACCUCAGGAUUACUUAUUGUGGAAUCGACUUGGAGCCACUUUAGCAAAUGGAGAUCGGAGUGAGGAAGCUGUUGAGGCUUAUCAAAGGGCUUUGGAAAUUCAGCCUGGCUUCAUCCGAUCAAGAUACAAUCUGGGAAUCAGUUGCAUAAACCUGGGAGCUUACAGAGAAGCUGUCAGCAACUUCCUAACAGCCUUGAACUUGCAGAAGAAGAGCCGAAGCACACAAUUCUGCCAUCAGUUCAUUUCAGGCAGCAUCUGGACAGCUGUCAGGAUAGCACUUUCCCUGAUGGACCAGCCUGAACUCUUUCAAGCAGCACAUGUAGGAGACCUCGACACCUUACUGAAAGCCUUUAAUAUGGACUGA